UCUUACCAUUAAUAUUCCUUUUAAAAUGGCCUCAAUUCGCUCUCAAUCAUAUUCUAUUGAAGAAGAUAAACACUUAUGUCAUGUGUAUCUUGAUGUUUCUCAAAAUCCAAUCAUAGGGAUAAACCAAUCAGGCGAUCAAUUUUGGACAAGAGUUCAAACUGAAUAUGAAAAAUCUGAGAUUUCUCUUACCCAACCAAGACCGAGAAGAUCUUUGCAAACCCAAGACAUUUUAAACCAAGCGAAGAUGUUAUUGACACAAGAAGUCAAAUACAAGAAAGGGUUUAAAUUUGAUCACGUCUGGCCAAUCCUUAAAGGUAUUGAAAAUUUUUCAAAUAACCACAGCAACAGAUCAAUUGCAUUCUCAGUAGAAAGUCGUAAUGCCAAAUCGUCUUCAUCAAUCCAAGAUGAGUCAUCGCCAUCCAUUGGUAUGAAUUCCUUCGAUCUAAAUUUAAAUAGUGAAGAAUCCAGUGGUAAUUUAUCAAAGAGACCAAUGGGUGUGAAAAAAGCAAAAAAAAAACAACACUCUGAUGAACAAUGUAAACAAAUGAUGGAGCAAAAUGAUAAGCUUCUAAAAGCUAUGGUUAAAGGUACUUCAGAAAGAAACGAAAUUAAAAGACAGAAAAUAGAGUUACAAAGAAAGAAACAUGAGCGUAAAAUGUUACUCGCGGAUUUGAGUUCUAUAACUGAUCCAGCAAGACAUGCGUAUAUUGAAAAUGAAAGAACGAUGAUUCUAAGUAGAAGAGCACCAACAACCCAAUAUGAAGAACACGGAGAAGGUUCUCAAAAACAAUAUCAUGGAUCCCAAUAUCGAGCAUAUCAAGCUCAAGGAGACCAAGCUCAAGGGGAUCAAGCUCAAGGAAGUCAAGUUCAAGGACAACAACCUCAAGAUGAAGACCCAAAAUCACCAAGUGAGCAACAAGAUUUUUCCCAGUACUAUAAUUUGCUUAGCGGAGGCGGAAAUGGAUUUCCCGGAAUUUAUUAGAUUAUUAUUAAAAUUUAUAUUUUGUGUGUUUUAUGUGUAUUUUUUUAAAAUUAUGUAAUUUUUGUGUGUUUGAUUUUAAUUGAUAAUUUUAUGUGUGUUUAAUU